AUGAGGACCACAGGGGGUCUUCACCCAUCAUACAUUGGUUUCAAUCAGUCAAUCGAUGGGAAUGAGAUGGAGCAGACCCUUACUCACAGCGAGCUAGUUGAAGCAGCCCUCCAAGAUGUUUUUGAUGUAAUCACUUUGCAAGACCGCCUGGAUGGUGGGAUAUCCCUCAUCAUUCGAUGCGCUGGUGGUAAAGCAACCCCAAAUAUCUCACCUGAACAAAUUCCUAUCGACAUCUAUAUCACACCCCAUGAGCUACAAGAAACACCACAGAGAAUUGGCGAAGAUGUCACUGUCUUGGUGCAGGCAUUUGUGCAGGAGUUUGCGGUACCUCACCUCAAGUGCUUUGCUGUACGCUGCAUUGUUAAAAAUAUGAAACCCAGUAGGAACUCUCAUAUUAGUAUUAAUGGGCCACAACACCUUCCUGCGCCUAUGGUUGCCACAGGAACUCGCAUCCAGUGCUCUGUGCAAGCCCCCAAGGUCUUUUUCACCACCGAUAUGUUUGCCAAGUCUAGCCCACUGGUGGUGACACACACAGAGUCAAAUGCCACACUUGAUCAGCUGAACUUGGGUGACAAAAAUGUGUUGAAGCUCCAAACUUUGAUUGGAACCAUAUGCAGUAGCCAUUGGGAGGCCAUAUUAAGGUCACUGGCAUGGGACCUUAAGUACGAAAAAGCAGCUAUUUUGUCCAGUGCCCUUCUUGCAGACCUACAAGUGGAUAUAUGGUCCAUUAACCCUGAGGUCGCCACCAGCUUGAAAGUUAGCACUAAUCAUCAUGGCUUACCUCCAUCUUCAAGCUUCUCGGCAUUCUCAUAUUGCUUAUCUACUGCUUCCCUCGUAGCCAAUGAUUACCCAGUCCUUUUAUUCUCAGAAACGCAGUUCAAGCACAAGGCAUGUUCAGCCACCCUGUUCGUCAAUGUCCCAAGUCGUGGACCUAUUCGGUCAAAACACUCAAAGCUCAAUCUAUGGAACACAUUCUGUUGGAAGAAGAACAAGGACAAAGAGAACUAUAGCCUAGGUACAGCUGCGCUCCAAUCGCUCGUACACGAUAACAAGGAUGAAUACUUCACCCUCUCAAAGGAGGAACAAGACAAACUGCUUACUGAGUUUGUUGAAUUCAAGGAGACAAAGACUAUUGGUGUUUGUACCUCGAUGAAAUCAAAGAUUAAUGAUAUCACACACACUUUAAAGGCGGUGGAAAAUGAGUUUACAUUGUCAUACAGAUGCAGAGACUAUCCUCUCCAUGGUAUUGCAUUUGCUACUGAAGGCAUCGAAAACUUCAUGGGUACUGUCAUGGGGGUUGAUAAUCAAGAUUUAGUAAGCAAAAUAGAAGGUUUUGCGGUCCAAGGGAUGAAAGAAGAGAUCACUGGUGAUAAUUGUGCAAAGAUGCAAUGGGUCUACUAUUUCCACAAUGUUAUCCAACACUACCAGGUCGUCGUGGAAGGGUGGCCUGAGAAGAUUCCUUUUACGAACCUUAGUCAGGUAUCGAGCACACUUCUAGACCUUCAAAUGCUUUUGCACAAGUGGGAGUCUGGUGCAAUGUACUGGAAGUCCUUGAGUGAUGAAGAAUUUGAGGAACUCUGUAAGGAGUGCAAAGAGAAGCUCAAGAGCGACAAAGGAAAGAAACACACAGAGACCAUUGGUGAUGACAACAGUGAUGCGGAGGGAGAUGAGGUCAUUCGCGAGCCAGCAGCACCAUUUGAUAAGGCCGUUCAGGAGUCAGCAGCACCAUCUGAUGAGGCCAUUCGUGAGUCAGCAGUGCCAUCUGAUGAGGCCAUUCACGAGUCAGCAGUGCCAUCUGUGGUUGCUACUGCUUCUGCCUCUCCAGAUACCACAUCUCCUCAGCCUUUGGACAGAAAUUUCAGUGCUUCUGGGUCCUUUGAUCAGUAUAUAAGCCUCAACACCCUUGACUGCAAUGCCAUUUUGGCCAACUUAGAAAGAUUGUUCGGCCCUGCACCUAGUACACUGUUGGAGUAA